ACUAGACACAUUGACUAAUCUUUUAGACUCUAUUAAUAAUUUAUUAUAAUUAUUUAAGUAACUAUUAUUUCUAGAAAUAAUAAAUAAGAAAUCUAGAUGAUUGCUAGUCAAAUCUAGAGUCUAGAUCUAGUAACUUAAGCUUAAAUUGAACCAUCAUUUCAAACAAUGGAUGAAAAUAUAAAUUUAUUACGAAAGACUAAUAAAACAAGACGAGAAACCGCUGUACAAGGCACAAAUGAUAGCAGUAUUGUCAGCAAGUGCUCCACAUCAACUUGUGGCUACUUCAAUGAUCCUUACCUUCAUUAUUUUGUUUCCAAACAGAGUCGAAGAGCUCCACUUAUUCAUAGGGGUUAUUACAUAAGAGCAGUAGCAUUUGAUAGAAUUUUAAAGAGCUUCUUAGAAUUAUACAAAAACUCAAAGAAACAAGUAAUAUCUCUUGGCUGUGGCUUUGAUUCAACAUAUUUUAGACUGAAGUCUUGCGAUCUUCUACAAAAUACUGUUUUUUGUGAGAUAGAUUUCCCAGAAGUUGUAAAAAAGAAAAGGCUUCUAGUAGAAAAUAAUGAAGAUUUGUUAAAACUGGUUGAGAAAAUAAAGGAGCAGCCACUUUCACCACACAUAGAACUCAGCAGUGCUGACUACCAUCUCCUGGGAGUGGAUUUAACACAGCUUAACACAUUGGAAGCUGCCAUCAAGAUGUGUGGCCUGGAGUUUGACAUUCCUACACUACUUUUAUCUGAGUGUGUUAUGACUUACAUGACAAGACGGUGUUCAACAGAGCUGGUAAAAUGGGCAUCAGAGACUUUUGAAGAAGCCAUUUUUGGCAUGUAUGAACAGAUCAAUCCAGAAGAUUCCUUUGGACUUUUUAUGCAAAAUCAUUUCUAUUCUAUUGGAUCACCAUUGAAAUGUAUAAAUGCAUUCCCAUCUAUUGAAUCACAGAGGAAACGUUUCUUGAACACAGGUUGGGUCUGCUGUGAGGUCUACGACAUGAACACAUUCUACUCUCUGUUUGUUGAUGACAAAGAAAAAAGACGCAUUGAGAGCUUAGAAACUUUCGAUGAGUAUGAAGAGCUGAACUUGAAAUACUCUCAUUAUUUUAUUCUGACUGCUUCCACUGUUGAAUUGCCAAGAAGUUUAAUAACUUAUGGACACUCAGAAAAUGAUAAAAAGAUAAUUCCUCUAGAACCUGCAAUAACUGGUGUCUUGUCAUUCACAUAUGUGCCAGACGGAGACCAAUCUUUACGUAGAUUUGGUCAUGCAUCCAGUCAGAUCUAUCAACAUUAUACUAUAACCACAGGUGGCUUUGGUGAAAUUGAUGGCCGCCACCAGAGGCUGGCAGAGAUCACUGUGACUGAUGGGAGAAAUUUCAAGUCCUGUCAUGUCUUGUGUUGUUCUGCUCAUAUUCAGUACUCCAGAAUGCACCAUACAUCAGUGCCAUUAUCCAAUGGUAUAACAUAUCUGUUUGGGGGGCGACAAUCUCCUUACUUCAUGUGCAAUCAAAUGUUAAAGCUCAUUCUCACCUUAGACAAACAUAAACAAUCAUGCCCUGGUGACAUAGGAAGGGCAAGAGGGACAUCCUCCCCAAUAGAAAGUGACCACUUGGUCACUGGUAAUGGAACAUUCCAAGGCGGUGACUUAGAACAGUGUAACCACAGUGAUGAUGGCCAGAGGAACCAUUCUAUCGAUAGUAUUAAACAUUGUGAUUCUAACUGUGAUUGCUGUAACAGUACAUUCUCCUGGGACUUUGAAUUGGGAACAUUACAAGUGAAUGUUGUGGCACAUAAUGGGAAACAGCCGAGAGAGAGAUGGAGGCAUGCUGCAGUAGCUGUAAUAACUGAUGGGAAAGAGAAGCUAUUUAUUCACGGAGGUAAAACUAAAACUUGUGAUGUUCUUGGCGAUUGUCAUCUCUUUGAUCCUGAGACAGAAACUUGGGAAGAGGUCCUUUGUUCAGGUGAUGUACCAGGCCCACGACACUCUCACUGUGUGACUUUCUGGAAUGGCAAUGUUUUGCUGACCGGUGGACUGGACAUUCACCAUGAGCCUGUGCUGGAUGUGUUUAGGCUUGACAUUGGCUCAAGAGUCUGGUAUAGAAUGAACAUCAGUGGCACUUUCUACCCAAGAUAUUCUCACACUGCACAUUUGUUGGGUGACUUUCUUAUUUUGGUUGGAGGUGUCAAUACAUAUCACCCACCACCUGGUGUCGCUUUUGUUAAUUUAAAAACCUCUCAAUCUAUGGAGUUUGCUCUUCCUAGUCCAGAUAAAACUAGUCUCAUGAUGCUUCACAGACACACCUCGAUUCUUCUAGAUGACCAACAGCUUGUUGUACUCGGUGGCGGUGGCAACUGUUUCUCCUUUGGCACCCACCUCAACCGCACUCCUGUCUUACUGAAUAUAUCGCAGUGUAUGAAAUUUUUCAAUUAGUUUUUUUUUUCAAUGAUUUGUUCUGUGCUGGGUUUUAUUUGAUAUAGAAUGAAUGUCAUGUUGGGAGUUUUCUAAGAUACUGUAUGUGUGAGGAAAUAGGUAUUGACAUUUGAAUGGUCUGUUUUAAAGACAUGACCCCCCAAAAAAAGCUUUUUAUUUUUGUCAAGAUAAACUUAAUGGUAAACAUUUAUGUUUGUAAACAUCCCUCAGAUCACUAACUUAAACUUAAAAAAAAAAGUUUUAUUUGAAGCAUUGUAUAUAAACACAUUUUUAAAAAGUCAAAGUAAAUUCUCAUUCAGAACAUUGCAUUAGCAUUCAAUUAAAAUGAAAUCUUCUUUAAGUAACUUAUUGAAGAGAAUCUAAUUAAAUUUGUUCAAUAUCAUAUUCUAAUGUUGUUUUAUCAAGUACUAUUUUAAAAAAAAGUAUAUCUUAGCAUUUCUUAAACUUAAUACAGAAAAUGUUUCACUAGAAAUGUUUUUAAAAAACGUUCAUUCCCAGUUCAUUGUUAAUAUUUCAAUCUAAAAGUAAAUAAGCUCUUUACAUUUGAAUAACUUUUGUUUGUCUUGGGUUUUUGUUUUGUAACAAUAGAGGUGAACUGUUGGUAAGUAGAUCUUUUAUAACUUGCUGUAUCCUGUUCACUGAUACAUUCUCCUACAACUAUUUAAUAAGCUUCUUGUCAUGGCCAGAUAUUGUAUAUCAGGUAUUGAAUCUGCCACACAUAUGGAAGUGGUGGUGGAAACAUUGGAUGCCCAUAUGUUAGGCCAGUUGGGAAAAUGGGAGGUGGGGGAGAAAGAAAUCAAUAUCUGGGUGGAUUUGUACCCUAAUUGGUUUUUAAUUUUUAAAUGCAUUUACAAAAAAGAAAA